AUGGUCCGCUCCGUUAAAGAACCUCUAAGAAAGGUGCUUGGGAAAAUGAAGUUGCUGACCGGAAGACAACCUGGAGCUACAUCAGAGUCACCCGACUCAACGAAGAUGAGCCGUGAUGACCUCAUCGAGCUGGACAAGCAGAGGAGCGAACACGCCUUGACAUGGUGGAGGCUGUGGCAAGAGUCAUACCUGUCUGAUCUUAAGCAAUUUCACUGUCGCAAGGGAAAGAGCACCAGAAUUCCGCAUGUUGGCGAAAUUGUCCUGCUGAAAGAACCUAACAUCAAACGUGUUUCGUGGCCGACAGCUAUUGUUACAGGAGUGAUACCUGGAACCGACGCCAAGGUGCGAGCGGUUGUUUUACGACUACGUUCGGGUAAGGAAACCACCAGGAGCAUCCAGACUGUCUAUCCAUUAGAAGUUCAAGCCGAUAUCGACACGCCCGUCGAUGAUACCGAAAUCGGCACAGUGGAGAAGACUACGUCAACGAGAAAGAAGAAUCCGCUCCACAAUUAA